AUGUUUUUUGAGAAACAGCAUGCCGUCUGGGGUCCCCUGGUCAGGGGCUGGAGGAGGUGGGGCUCAGCCACACGUGGGUGCUUCCCUGAAUGCCUAGAGCUGGUGGUCUCCAGGCUGGGAGUCAGGUGGGCAGAGGGAACACACCCACACUCAGAGCCCCAGGCAAGGUUCCUGCUCUGCCACCUGAUCCUCAGGGAGUACAUUUGCCUUUCUGAUCCUCAGUUUCCUCAUUUGUACUAUGAGGAGGUUGAAUGAGUCCGGUGGAUCCCAAAAUACCAUAUGGAGGAAAAAAAGAAAAUGGAGGUGCUCUGAGGGCCCUGGCGGGGGGUGGGAGUCAAAAAGCCUCCCCAGGCCCUCUUGAGGGCCCCCAGAACCUGGUUUGAAAGUCACUGGAAUUACUAUGUCCUUGGACCCUAGAAUUUGGAGGUUUUCACAUCCUCGUUCCAGUCCCAGUACCCCAUCAGCCAGCUGUGUGACCUGGGAUGAGUGGCCUCACCUCUUUGGGCUCUGCCUUGAGGCUGUAGUGAGAUUUAGCCAAACUGGGGAAGUCCUGAGUGACUGGGAAACCAUGUCAGGGGUUCUGGUGUUUCUGGUGGAGGGUCAGAGUGUCCAGGACUGCACAUCCAGAAGAGAAGGGCCUGAGGAAGGGCUGUGGGUGGCAGUGAUCACAGGCAGAGCAGGCCGCCUUUUUCUUCCACGUGCUGGGGUUCUGGUCCAGGGGCACCAGGCCUCUGACCCCAUGGCCAGCAGAGCCAGAGGCAGCCACCAUCUAACCCACUCAGAGGAUAUCGCCAAACCCUGCGUGAGGACCCAAGAUUAGGGUCCUGACUGGGGAACUGGCCUGGCCAGAAUCUCAGCCAGGCCCUGCUAAGUGCACCUAACUCCAGCCCUGGUCAGUGUGGUGAAGCAGCAGCUACAAGUGCUGGCUCUGGAAUCAGAAAGCCUGAGCUCAAAUCCUGGCUGUGUGACCUGGGGCUGUUCACUUCUCUCUGGGCCUCACUUUUUUCCUCUUUGAAGUGGGAGUGAUAGGCCUGGUGAAGAGUUGAUGAGCCAAUACAAUUAAAGCUUUUCAUGCUAGGCCAGUUCACGGCCAGCCCUCAGGCAGGGGAGAUGCCCGGGAGCUUGUGAAGGCUCCUGACCGGCAGCUUCCUGUCCUCAGAGAAUCAGCUGACCUGAACUGUGGGUCCACCUGGAGGGCAUUGCUUAACCCUGUCCUCCAGCACCUCUGGCCUGAACGUGUCAGGACAGAGCCACUUCAUACCUUGGACCCCAACUGGUGUGUGAACAGGGCUUCUAAGGAGCAGCUGUCUCUGGAGGGGGCGAAGGGUGUUGUCCCAGCAACCAAGCUGGUCCCUCUCAGGCAGCUGCUCCAGGCCCAUGAAGGGGGGCGGCCAUCUGUGCUCUGGAUGGGGCUCUCCCGCCACCUGUGCCCUGGUGCCAAGAGCCUGCAAGCAGAACUGGCCUGCCGACCAGAAGGGGCUUCUCUGCUUUUGCCCAACAGACCUGAGACACCACCAGAAGGGCCUCCUGCUGCCUCGAUUUCAAGGUUCCCAAGGGUCUCCUGCCUUUCCAAGGGGGAGGUUCUAGUGGACCGGCUUCCUGGGGAGCAGGGGGAGAGGGGCUGGAGCUCCAGAAGGAGCAAGGAGGCCUGAGGACAGCUGUUCCAGCAGUCACAAACCUGUGUGCCAUGGGCCACGUUAGCAGGCAGGCACGUACCUGCCCAGUGUUUUUUAAAACUUAGAAUUGACUAACUCCAUUUUAAAAAGAAUUAACUAACUCCACUUUUAAAUUUAGAGGUUUUAUUUAUUUAUUUUUAAGGCCAGAUUUCUGGCUUCCCUCACCCAGGUCUCCACAUGACAGCUGUGGGCCAGAGGGGUUACAUGCUUGGUCUCCUGUAGACGUUUAAACUUGUGACGCCCAUUCAAGGCCAACCCACUUAGCUGGGGAAACGAAGGCCCAGAAGGGAUUAGACCCUGUGCAAGGUACACAGUCGACCACAGCCUCACAGAGCACGGCCACUGUUAAAAGCUAAAAGCCUGUUCUCUCAUCUAUAAAACAUCAGUGAUGAUUAUCUCCCCUCCCAGACCUGUGUCUGGAAUAAAGUAGUACCUGGCCCAGGACUCACUCAGUCAUGAUUCUUUUAAAUCUGUACAUAUGAUAUGCCUUGCCUGGAAGAUGUUGCCGGAAGCACUGCUUACUUUCUUUCUCUGCCGCCUUUCAGAAAUGGUUAUUUUUCAAGUUGUUUCUGAUGCCCAGUGCUUAGGGUUUAUUGAGCUCUCGUUCCCACAGCUUCAUUGCCGAACUUCAAGCAGAGCUGCUCCAAGCUUUACCUCCCACAGCACUGGCCAUUAGAUUCCGACUCAGAGUCAGGAGUAAAUCAUUCUUCCCUGAGCUUCAGUCUACCCAACUGUCAAAUAGGGGUUGUUCAUUAAUUCAGUAAAUACUUACUGAGCCCAGCCAUGUAUCGGGCCUGGUGCUGGGAAAGCAUCUUAAUUCUAUAAGGUAUUCAGGGUCCCCACCCUCAGGAAUCUAUAUUAGAUACUCAGGAUCUCUGUCUGGUAGGGGAGAGAGACAAAAGACAAGUGAACCAGUAAGUUGAUCAGUGCUCGAUGAAAUAAACAGGAUCCUCAAAGGAAGAACAGCAACUUUAGACAGGGUGGUCUGGGAGGCUCUCAUUGAGGACAUGAACCCUGAGCCGAGACCUGAGUGGGAAGCAGAGAUGAGAGCAGGAUGGGAAGGAGUAGGUGUGCGGAGGUUGGGGUGGGGAUCAUCUCAGACAGGGAAACAGCAGGUUCAAAGGCCCUGAGGUCGGCGCAUGCUUGGAGUGUUUGAGGAAUAGCAGUGUGACUGGAAUGGAAUCAACAAGGGGAAAGUGCAGGAACUGAGGCUGGAGAAGGGGGCAGUGCCUGUAGUAGGCCAAGGUGGGCAACUUCAUGGAGUGGGGAGCCUUUGAAAAGCUUUAGAAAUGGGAAGCAUUAAUCCAAUUUGUACUUUAAAAAAACUCCUCAGGCUGCUUUCUGGAGAGUGAUUGUGGGUGAGUUGGAUCACCGACAAAGCAGGGAGGCCAGAGGGUAGAAAGUGGAAGCCUAGACCAGGGUGGUGGGGUAGAGAGAAGCCCGGCUCUGUGACAUGCGCUUUUGUGGGAGAGGGGCAAAGCCUUACAGAUGGGGGAGGCCUGGGAAGCAGGGGGCAGGACUCCCCAGGCUUCUGGAGUGUGUGAUGGAGUGCGUGGGGGUCCCCUCUUUAAAAGAGCAAGGCCGACGGCGGGGAGGAGAGGCUCAGAUUCAUUCUGGACACACUGAGCUUGAGAUGGCCUUGGCACCUCACACAGAGCUGCCUGGUGUGCCGGGCUAUUGAGAAAGGAGGCAAUGCGCCCUUCCAGCUGCAGUCAGGUCCACGUGCUGUAAAUCCUCUGACUGCAGGCCAGUUUGGAGGGACUUUGUGAGGGAUGCUGUGGGCAGGAAGAAGAUACCACCGUUCCCGGUGUCCAGGCAGCCCCAGGAAGCCACGGACCCUGUCCGAGAAGAGGCAGCCCUCUCUCAGGCCUCCCUGGCUUCCCUUCACCAGCUAAAUUACCUAAAUGCCACUUUGCCGAGCCAUGCCCUGCUCAAAUCUGUCUUCCCACACCUUGGGCUGUGCUGACCCGCUCCUUUGCUCAGAGCACCCCUCCACCUGAAAGCCCUGCAUCUCCUUGCCCCUCAGUGACUCUGGUCCAUCCUGCCGGACCCAGUCAACCUUCAUGUCUUCCAGAAAGGUCCUCAGCUGUCCCCCAAAAGGUGAUCACUCUCUCCUUCAUCGAGAAACUGUGGUUCAUCAUGCCUAGUGGCGUAUAAGAAGACCCCGCCACCGGUCCCUCCACGCACCACAUCGAAGCCGUUCAUCUCCGUCACGGUCCAGAGCAGCACCGAGUCUGCCCAGGACACCUACCUGGACAGCCAGGACCACAAGAGCGAAGUGACGAGCCAGUCCGGCCUGAGCAACUCGUCGGACAGCCUGGACAGCAGUACCCGACCGCCCAGUGUGACACGGGGCGGAGUCACCCCAGCCCCCGAGGCCCCUGAGCCACCCCCAAAACAUGCAGCUUUGAAGAGCGAACAAGGGACGCUGACCAGCUCCGAAUCCCACCCUGAGGCCAUUCCCAAAAGGAAACUGUCAUCUAUAGGAAUACAAGUUGACUGCGUUCAGCCAGUGCCAAAAGAGGAGCCCAGUCCCGCUACCAAAUUCCAGUCCAUCGGGGUUCAGGUAGAGGACGACUGGCGAAGCAGCGCCCCCUCUCACAGCAUGUCCUCCCGACGGGACACCGACUCGGAUACCCAGGAUGCCAACGACUCGAGCUGUAAGUCAUCUGAGAGGAGCCUCCCGGACUGCACCCCACACCCCGACUCCAUCAGCAUCGAUGCCGGCCCCCGGCAGACCCCCAGGAUUGCCCAGAUCAAGCGCAACCUCUCCUAUGGAGACGACAGCGACCCUGCCUUAGAGGCAUCCUCGCUGCCCCCGCCCGACCCCUGGCUGGAGACGUCCUCCAGCUCCCCCGCGGAGCCAGCACAGCCAGGUGCCUGCCGCCGGGACGGCUACUGGUUCUUGAAGCUGCUUCAGGCAGAAACGGAGCGGCUGGAAGGCUGGUGCUGCCAGAUGGACAAGGAGACCAAAGAGAACAGCCUCUCUGAAGAAGUCUUAGGGAAAGUCCUCAGUGCUGUGGGCAGUGCCCAGCUACUGAUGUCACAGAAAUUCCAGCAGUUCCGGGGCCUCUGUGAGCAAAACUUGAACCCUGAUGCCAACCCACGUCCAACAGCCCAGGACCUGGCAGGGUUCUGGGACCUGCUGCAGCUGUCCAUCGAGGACAUCAGCAUGAAGUUUGAUGAACUCUACCACCUCAAGGCCAACAGCUGGCAGCUGGUGGAGACCCCCGAGAAGAGGAAGGAAGAGAAGAAACUACCCCCUCCGGUCCCAAAGAAGCCAGCCAAAUCCAAGCCGGCAGUGAGCCGCGACAAGGCCUCUGACGCUGGGGACAAGCAGCGUCAGGAGGCCCGCAAGAGGCUCCUGGCGGCCAAGCGGGCAGCUUCCGUGCGGCAGAACUCAGCCACGGAGAGCGCGGACAGCAUCGAGAUUUAUGUCCCUGAGGCCCAGACCCGGCUCUGAGACCAGGAAGCAGGAAGCAAGCAAUUUUAAGUCAUUAAAAAAAGAAACCUACAAACUAAAUGCGAAAGGAACAAAAUUUUCUCAACCUUUAGUGUGGUUAUUCUGUCUAGAGACCCUGAGCCAACUUUCAAAUUGACGCAUAUAAGGGCUCACAAUUUGGCUUUCUUGGGUCCCUCCCAGCUUUAGGUUAUGAAGACUUCACACAAAAAAAUCAACAGAAACACAAAACUAUAAAACUUUUUUUUCCUCUUGCUGGCCGUGGUGGACUAGAUAGAUGGACUUCGGCAACGCCCCGGCCCAGCCUCCAGACUACAGUCUUUUUACUUGCUCUAUCUAAUGAGAACUUAAACUAGCUUGUUUACAAGAUGACGACAGCCCAAGGGCAGCCUUGGGCACCUGCCAUGUCCUUCCUCCUUUUCCUGGCUACCCCAGCUCUGACCUUGGAGUUUUCAUUCUUAUGUUUUUCUCUUUUCCCUUAAGAGCUCACACAGGGGUCACCAUCCUGACUAUCGGCUUUCUGGUUCUCAGCCCUUUUUGUGGGUGAGCCCAGAGGACAGAGAGAUGGACACGCGUCCCCUGCCCCACCGAGUGCUCACACACACGCACGCACGCGCGCGCGCACACACACACGCAAAUACAGGUUCCUCUCAGCAGAAGCAGCCCUCCCACUGUGAUCUGCCAGCCCUAGGCAGCGUCAGGUGGGUGGCUCGCCUCUCUGAGACCAUGAGGAGGGCUGAAGUCUUUGGGGGGGUGGGGGUGGGAAUGAGAUAAAAACCACAGCUUACCACACUCCAGACUCCCGCCUUUUUCUUCUCUCCAGCCCCUUCUUCCUUCAGCAAAAUGUAUGACCUGGAGUGACUUGCAGGGGCCACUCAAGAGAGGGGCCCCGUUUUCCAGGGGUCACGUGUCCCUGGCCGAGCCUGUGUACAGUGCCCGAGGGGCGGGCGGCUGUGUCUGUAUGUAUGUGUACAUAUGCACAUAGACCUUAGAGUGUACAUUUAACAAACGCCCCUCUGCUCACCCAUGCCCACCAGCGCCACCGCUGGCUCUCGGGGGCACCUGGCAGGAGGCGGGUGUGUGAAUAGCAUAUAUUUUUACAUGUACUAUAUCUAGGUGUGUGUACAAGUGUGUGUAAAAAUAUAUACCUUGUGUGUAAGCAGCUCCCCCUUUUUUUGUCUCUCACCUGCCCCCCACUCCCCGGCCAUGGGCCCAUCUGCCUGGCCUCUGAGUUUUCUAUUUUUUUACCCUGGUCAUCCUUCUCUCUCCCCUGCCCCCAGCCCCACUCCCAGGGUGUCAUGAGCCCUGAGCUGCGAUGGCCCAGGCCUGCAGGGUGAGGUGGGGGGCAGGGAGGGCGAGGGCGAGGCCAGGCCUGCAGCAAGCUCUGAGCACGACGGCUGCGGCACUGGAGACGCCCUCGUGUCCAGCACCUGCCACAGGGGCCUGCUCUAGGGCCCAUUCCAGCUUGGCCGCCGUCUGCGACCUUGGGCAAGUCACUUGACCUCUGUGUGCCUCAACUUCCUCCUCUGUAAAAUGGGGACAGUCCCCGCCCCUCCCUACCUCACAGGCAUGUUGUGAGAAUAAAUGAGGUAACGUGCA